AUGGAAAUGUCUCAUCAUGAAAUACAACGUGACGGUUUCUGCACGGAUCCUUUCUUUGAAUGCCUCGUUGCAGAAGUGCCUGAGGAGAAUAGAUCUAAAGAAGGUAAAGUAUUCACAGUAGUCGGAUAUGCUGUUUACCUUUACAGUUACAGUUCAUGGAAGGGGCGGUCAGUAUUUUUGGACAACCUGUUUGUGAUGGCAGAAUUCAGAGGAACGGGCAUUGGCAAGGUUUUACUGUGCAAAGUCGCUGAGAUGGGGAAGAAGAAGCAGUGUGUGCUGAUGGAGUUUAUUGUCUCAGACUGGAAUACCCCGUCCAAAGACUUCUACGCAGCUAAAGGCGCUCAGGAUAUCACAGACAGCCAAGGCUGGCACUUCACAUGUUUUUAUAAACAACACCUGGACAACUUGGCCAAUGAAGCUCCACAAGAUUAG